UUUUAAAAGAGCGUAAAUUGACUCUCUUCUUUACAAAACCGCGUUUCCUUUUUUGUCUUGGUCUUCUUCGUCGACCUUUCUCUUUUUCUUUCUCUUGUCCAUAAAUUCCAGAAACUUUUUUUCUAGACACUUUAGAAACACCAAACCUUAAAAAGAGCUCUGCUUUGAGAUCUUAGCCAUUAAGUUCUCUUGAUGAUGUCUGGUUCAAGAUUAGCCUCUAGACUAAUAAUAAUCUUCUCAAUAAUCUCCACAUCUUUCUUCACCGUUGAAUCGAUUCGACUAUUCCCUGAUUCAUUCGACGAUGCAUCUUCAGAUUUAAUGGAAGCUCCAGCAUAUCAAAACGGUCUUGAUUGCUCUGUUUUAGCCAAAAACAGACUCUUGUUAGCUUGUGAUCCAUCAGCUGUUCAUAUAGCUAUGACUCUAGAUCCAGCUUACUUGCGUGGCACGGUAUCUGCAGUACAUUCCAUCCUCAAACACACUUCUUGCCCUGAAAACAUCUUCUUCCACUUCAUUGCUUCGGGUACAAGUCAGGGUUCCCUCGCCAAGACCCUAUCCUCUGUUUUUCCUUCUUUGAGUUUCAAAGUCUAUACCUUUGAAGAAACCACGGUCAAGAAUCUAAUCUCUUCUUCUAUAAGACAAGCUCUUGAUAGUCCUUUGAAUUACGCAAGAAGCUACUUAUCCGAGAUUCUUUCUUCGUGUGUUAGUCGAGUGAUUUAUCUCGAUUCGGAUGUGAUUGUGGUCGAUGAUAUUCAGAAACUAUGGAAGAUUUCUUUAUCCGGGUCAAGAACAAUCGGUGCACCAGAGUAUUGCCACGCAAAUUUCACCAAAUACUUCACAGAUAGUUUCUGGUCCGAUCAAAAACUCUCGAGUGUCUUCGAUUCCAAGACUCCUUGUUAUUUCAACACAGGAGUGAUGGUUAUCGAUUUAGAGCGAUGGAGAGAAGGAGAUUACACGAGAAAGAUCGAAAACUGGAUGAAGAUUCAGAAAGAAGAUAAGAGAAUCUACGAAUUGGGUUCUUUACCACCGUUUCUUCUAGUGUUUGGUGGUGAUAUUGAAGCUAUUGAUCAUCAAUGGAACCAACACGGUCUCGGUGGAGACAACAUUGUGAGUAGUUGUAGAUCUUUGCAUCCUGGUCCGGUUAGUUUGAUACAUUGGAGUGGUAAAGGGAAGCCAUGGGUUAGGCUUGAUGAUGGUAAGCCUUGUCCAAUUGAUUAUCUUUGGGCUCCUUAUGAUCUUCACAAGUCACAGAGGCAGUAUCUUCAAUACAAUCAAGAGUUAGAAAUUCUUUGAUUUAUUCAUUUUUUGGGGUUUUGGUAUGGUAAAUUUUGUGAACUCAUUACAUGGAUUCUAUGUUUUUUGUUAUUCCUUUUUUAAUGUACAUACAACAUAAAUACAUCGAGGAUUUUGUUCAAGAUAUUGAUUAUUGAUCUUCAUUCGGCUUAAGUAUUCUUUGCCUCAUGAAUCAUGAGUUGUGUGAAUAAAAAUAAGCUUAUAUUAUAUGUGUUCUAUUCCAAAUCACAUACCUAUAUUUAAGAAAAUAGCAAACAGAUUUUUAUUUAUCUAAAUACAUUUUCAUAUAUAUGCUAUCAACCUAGUUAACUCUAAAUAAGUAUAAUUGGAUCAUGUAUUUUGUUUUGUUUCAUUAAAAAUAUGUUUACCAAAAUACAAAACUAGUUAGUAAGAGGAGAGAUCUGCGGAUACUUGAGGGGUUUUUUCAUUAAAAAUGCCAAGUAGAAACU